GCCGCUGGGGCGGGGGUGGAUCGCUGCCUUUUCUUUCUUCUGCCGCGGCGGCCGGCUCAGCUCCGCGAUGGCGGUGACGAAGAAGAUCGCGAUCCGCCUGGCGUAUUCGGUGGUCGGGAUCAUUUCGGGGCUGUCGGCCUUCCUCGCCUGGAACCUGGCGCCGAGUCUGCGGCAGCCUUACACCGCCUCCGCCGGCGGACUCUCGGGUGUCUUGGCACUCUGGGCCCUAAUCACACAUGUGAUGUAUAUGCAGGACUACUGGAGGACUUGGUUGAAAGGUCUGAAGUUCUUCCUAUGUGUUGGCAUUUUCUUCGGCAUACUCUCCGUGGUGGGAUUCUGCACAUUCCUGGCCCUGGCCAUCUUAAAGAGCCAAUCCUUUAAGGAUCCACGGAGCUACUACCUGUCCUGCAUCUGGAGCAUCCUUUCCCUCAAAUGGGCUUUUCUCCUUGGCUUGUACUCUCAUCGGUACAAGAAAGAGUUUGCAGACAUCAGCAUUCUGAGUGACUUCUGAGAUCCUGGACAUCAGUUCCAUCAAAGAAAGACCUUGGAGGGUCAAGGAAGGCUGUUGUUCAGCUGACUGACCCUUGGAGGCAAGGGGUUGGCAAGGAGGCGGCUGAAAGAAGCCAACAGCAGGUGCUUGACCUGCUUCUGCGUUUUCUCUGCUGGUUUCAUUAGGAGCGCUUCCUAAUUGCUUUUGUCCGAUCAUUUGCCCUUUUGACUAGUUCUGUUUGUCCAUGUGCACUCAUCUUUCACAAGGAUUUUGUUGUUUGAAUGGAUGAUUCAAGAUGUUUAGCAGGACCCGAGUUUUGAUUCCAAGUCCCUAAUGUCUAUGACCUAUGGCAUUUUUCAUAGCUUUUUUCUUUAAUGAGAAUGCGGGGGCAAAGUCUGUGGUCCAGUGCUAUCAAGCAAGGAUUGAUUUGUACUCCUUUCAUACAGAUGUAUUUUUAUAGCUCAAGGUGUGACUCCAUUUUAAGACAACUUUUUUAAAGCAAGUUCUCUUCCCUUGUCUGAUGCUUUGGUGGGGAGGCUUGCAUGUGUGCUGUGGUCUUGGUUAUCACAGUUUAGGGACAAGAAAUGUAUGUUGUGAACAGAACUCUGCUCUGCACCCUUUUUUUUUCUCCUGCAGUCUUAAAUGGUUAUGAUGGAUGUUUCUUUAAUUUCAGUUAGGCAAAGCUUAAAUACUGUUGUAAAGGCAUCUGCAGUUUUGGAGAGUGACCCUCUGGGUUAAGAAGGAACACAACAUUCCUAUCCAAGUGUUUCCCCUUCCCCUGUAGCUGUCUGCUCAACAUAGGGAGGGACCUGGAGAUUUCCAGAUGUUAAUCACAGCUGCCAGCAGCCUCAGCCAGUGGUGAUGAAUACCAUGAACUGCGCUUCAGAAGUAUCUGGAAGGCCUGCAUUCCUCAUCCGUAAUGCCGUUUUCUUACACUUAGCGUUUUUGUCUAAAACUGUUACUUUAUAAAGUGAACAACUGGCCUAUUUUAGGAUCAGGGGAGCCAAUUCAUUCUUGGGAGUCAACUGUGUUGUCUUUAUUUCUUGCAGAUUGGGACAAAAAUAGGUAAUUGUCACAAUUAUUCGGUUGUUAUCUUAUUCUCUGAUUUUUACUUCUGGUUGAAUAGGAAUUCAGCGGACCACGUUGAAUGAGUUAUGAGUGGACUGUUAGCCGAGGAACUUGGACUGGUCACCCCGAUCAGUGGACUCACAUUCUGUAACCUACUCUGCAUAAACUAAUUUACAAAAAGAAAGGCACAUUUUUUUUUAACAGAACACUUAGCUGCUUUAGAUCAAGCUUGUCUGGGAUAGAAUUGAAGAAGUGGGGUAGGUGCCAUGUAUGAGAAGAAAUGGUGGCUUGGGAAUUUUUCUGCCUCACCUGGACACAACAUAUUGCCUUUGAGUUCUUUUUCUAAACUAAAUUGCCAUUGUGAUCUCACUUAAAAUGCUUCAGUUGUUGUACAGUGGAUGUGUUUGAAAGGGUGGGCAUGUUGCACUAUUCCCCCUUCACCCAUCUCUCCCCUUUUUGCUUUUGCUGACCUGACAGCUGGGUGUGCAAUUGCUCCUUGCAAUUUCUUUCUCUCCUACUCUAAGAGCUGUUGGCAUUUCUUUGGGGCUGACACUCUUCGUCCAUCCAAAGGAAAGAUUUGGACUAACCCUAACCUGAAAGCAGAAUUAUAGGGGAUGCCCUGUCUCUUAAAUUUCUGUAUCUUUACCCAUCAAAUCUGUAGACCUUUAUGUAGAAUGAUCCCUAGUGAGGUGGCUGUGGCUGAGCCAAUUGUCCCUAAGAUGUCAGGAAGCACUGGGAUGAAAAUCAAGUGGGUUAUUGUUCCCUUUGGAUUGAUGGGUGAUUAAUCUGUUGGAUAUAAGGCAGCUGUAGAGAUGCUUCAUGUUUAUUGACAAACUCCUCAUGCUUCAAAUGCCAUCCUGUUUGUCAAAUAUGCUGCAUGGCCAAUGGUACUCCCAUCAGGCUUGGUGAUCUGUACCGCAAGGACCAGGUUUCUCGGCGUUCUUUUGAAAAACAGGGACUCUCAACAGCACAGAAGGGAUCUGGUAGAUGCAGGGACACCAAAUCUUCACGGACAGUUGAAGAAGUAUGUAAGAAGAAAUCUGUUUGGCGCAAGCUGUCCUCCAGUAGAAUGAAGUUAUUAAUGUGCUAAAAGAUCAUUUACUAAGGAGUUUAUGGUGAAGAAAAUGGUAGCCAGCUUGGUGCCAGACAGUGGAGAAAGUGGGACUUUGUCCAUGCGGUGCUUCAUUACUGUAGUAACAUUGCAGAAGACCCAGUGGUGAUGCAUUACAUUCAUCCACUCUUUUCAAUCUCGCUGUUUCAUCCCUGUUGAAACUCAAACAGCAGAUAGUAUGUUUUGUGCUUUGCUUUCUCCUCUCCAUGUGCAAUAGGUAUGUGAAAGGGAAUGGUUCACCCAGGUGAAGGAUGUUCGCAUGCCAUUUUUCUUAUUAAUAAAAUAAAGUUUAA